AUGGCUCGGCGGUGCGUUCGCGUGCUGGCCCUGGCGGUUAUGCUGCUGCUAGUUUUUGCCACCGUCUCCAGACCGAUGGGCCUAAGGGGCAAGCAGCAACAGGGGACAUCGCGAAUCCCUUCUCAGUUCCACAAAGAGGAGCGCGUCGCGAUGAAAGAGGCGCUGAAAGGUGCCAUUCAGAUUCCAACAGUGUCUUUCAGCCCCAAGGAGUCCAAUACUACAGCCCUGGCAGAGUUUGGAGAAUACAUUCGUAAAGUCUUUCCUACAGUGUUCAGCACUAGCUGCGUGCAGCAUGAAGUGGUGGGAGAGUACAGCCACCUGUUCACUGUCCAAGGCUUGGACCCCAGCUUGCAGCCGUACAUGCUGUUGGCUCACUUUGACGUGGUGCCUGCCUCUGAAGAAGACUGGGAGGUGCCCCCAUUCUCUGGGCUGGAGCGUGAUGGCUUCAUCUAUGGUCGGGGCACACUGGAUAACAAGAACUCUGUGAUGGCAAUCCUGCAGGCUUUGGAGCUCCUGCUGAUCAGGAACUACAUCCCCCGAAGAUCUUUCUUCAUUGCUCUGGGCCAUGAUGAGGAGGUGUCGGGAAUGAAUGGGGCUCAGAAGAUCUCAGCCCUCCUACAGGCAAGGGGCAUCCAGUUAGCCUUCCUUGUGGACGAGGGUAGCUUUAUUGUGGAUGGUUUCAUUCCCAGUCUCAAGAAGCCCUUUGCUAUGAUUUCAGUCUCAGAGAAAGGUGCAAUUAACCUCAUGCUGCAAGUAAACAUGACUCCUGGCCACUCUUCAGCUCCUCCAAAGGAGACGAGCAUUGGCAUCCUUGCAGCCGCUGUCAGCCGACUGGAGCAGGCACCAAUGCCAAAUAUGUUUGGAAGUGGGUCACUGAAGACGACAUUGCAGCAUCUGGCAAAUGAGUUUCCCUUCCCUACCAAUCUAAUCUUGAGCAACCUGUGGCUAUUUCAACCCCUUGUAAGCAGGAUGAUGGAGAGAAAUUACGUGACCAAUGCAAUGGUCAGGACCACCAUAGCACUCACCAUGUUCAAUGCAGGGGUCAAGGUGAAUGUCAUCCCCUCAACUGCCCAGGCCACAAUGAACAUUCGAAUUCACCCUGCACAGACGGUCCAAGAGGUCCUAGAGCUUGUCAAGAACAUUGUGGCUGAUGACCGAGUCCAGUUCCAUGUACUGAGUGCCUUUGACUCCCUGCCUGUCAGCCCCUCUGAUGACCAGGCCUUGGGCUACCAGCUGCUCCACCAGACCAUACGUUCUGUCUUCCCGGAAGUCAGUGUUGUCACUCCAGGUAUUUGCAUUGGCAACACAGAUAGCCGACACUUUACGAACCUCACCACUGGCAUCUACAGGUUCAACCCCCUCUACCUGCAGCCUCAGGACUUCAGUAGCGUACACGGAAUCAAUGAGAAGAUCUCAGUCCAAGCCUAUGAGACCCAGGUGAAAUUCAUCUUUGAGUUGAUCCAGAAUGCUGACACAUACCAGAGGCCAGUCUCUGACCUGCAUGAACUGUGAGGUCGAGGAGCCAUCUGGGUUAGGGGUGCCCAGUCCUGGGCCAGGACUAACCCAAGGGGGAAAGCCAAUGCUGGUGAAACUUGAUCAAGAUCACAUUGCCCACCUGCCUCGCUCACUCCUAAACUCACCCAAUCACAAGGCCAAGGGGUAAGAGAGGUCAGCAGAAAUCUGGCUUCUCCCUUCCUCCCGACACCUCUCCUCCCUCAACUUACCUAUUUACUAUCUUCUUGUCCCUUGUCUGUCUUAUGCUGGAUAUUUAACUGUUCCAACUCUCCAGGUCUGACUUAACAAAUGCAGGUUUGAAAAAUAUCAA